AUGCUUCUGUCCCUAGAGGAGCUAGACGAGAUCGAAGGCCGCUUGAUAGAUUAUGGCGGGAGAUUGACCUACGACAUCUCUGAAGCUGGCCUCGUUCUGGGGAAAGUCGGGCGCGCGAAGCGUGCCGCACUGGAACUACGGACCCGCGGUGUCUGGACAGAGGAGCUCAUACCCAGCUCAGCUUCAAAAUCAAUUGGUGGUGGCGUCGGACCCCCUCCCAAGCGCAGGCGCAUGAAUCAGUACGAUGGGACGAAGGAUGUCCCGGUUGAGAUUAUUGAUCUUAGUACUGAGUCUGAGAGUGAGGAUGGAGAUACGAAUCGACAGGGUCCUUCAAAUCACCUGAUUCCAGAGAAAAAGCCAGAGGAAGUUAAAAAUUCAGUCACAGUCCUGAAACUUGAGUGGAUGAAUGCCUCUAUCACAUACGGGAAAUGUGUGUCCAAAGACGUAUUCGUCGUCUACCGUGGGCGAAAGAUCCCUCCUCCUGCCAAGACAAAGGCAGAAAAUAAACAAGACCUACUCCAAAAGUCAAAUCAAAUUAUCGAGCGUGCAAAGCAAGAUGCUAGUUUACCAACACCACGAACUCCCCCUGCGGACGAUAUCCACGCACGCCGCUCAAAAGAACCUCCCGAUGGAUCUUCCCAGCGCCCUCGACCAACGCUAUAUCGACAAACGACCUCCGAAAACGAACAAGAGGAAACUAACCCACUCCCGCAACCAGACUGGGUCCGUGACCACGUCUUAUUCGCAUGUCUGCGCUCAGCACCCUUACACCCUCCAAACGAAGACUUCAUCUCGCAACUCGUGAAAAUAAGACAAAUCCGCAAACUCACCCUCGACGAGAUUGGCGUGCGCGCGUAUAGCACCUCCAUCGCAGCAUUAGCAGCGUACCCCCAUCUUAUCCAGCGACCCAGCGAGAUCCUCUCUUUACCAGGAUGCAACGCCAAGAUCGCAGAGUUAUUCUCACAAUUCCAGCAACACGGUGGCUGCAACCAUACCGACGACGACGGGAACGUCGCCGCUGCCGAUGCACUGGAAACAGAUCCCACGCUCCGUAUUCAAAACUCCUUCUAUCAGAUCUGGGGCGUUGGAGCAAAAACCGCACGCGAGUUCUACCAGCGCGGCUGGCGCGAUCUCGACGAUAUCGUCGAGCACGGGUGGAACACGCUCUCGCGCGUGCAGCAGAUUGGAGUGAAAUUCUACGAGGAGUUCCAGGAGGGUGUUCCCCGUGCUGAGAGCGAGGGUAUUGCUACUGUAAUCCGGGAUCAUGCUGGCCGGGUCCGGCCGGAAGAUGGAACUGGAGGUGGAAUUGAGUGUGUGAUUGUUGGCGGAUACCGUCGUGGAAAGGAACUCAGUGGUGAUGUUGAUAUUGUAUUGUCUCAUCGUGAUGACGCUGUGACUCGAAAUCUAAUUGUUGACGUUGUUGCGAGUCUUGAGGCGGAACGGUAUAUCACGCAUACGCUCUCUUUGCAUUUGACUUCUUCGCUGCGUGAGCAGCAGACUUUGCCUUUUGAUGGUGAUGAUACGAGGAAGUUUGAUACUUUGGAUAAGGCGUUGGUUGUUUGGCAAGAUCCGCACUUUGAUGCUACGACUACGGGAGAUGAUGGACGUCAGGGGAAGAAUCCGAAUAUUCAUCGUCGUGUUGAUAUUAUCAUAUCGCCUUGGCGUACGGUCGGUUGUGCUGUGCUUGGCUGGUCUGGUGGCUUGACUUUUCAGCGAGACUUACGGCGGCAUGCGAAGAAAGCGCGCUCGUUGAAGUUUGAUUCGAGUGGUGUGCGAGAUCAGAGUACUGGAAGACAGGUUGACCUGGAGCAUGAUGGAGAGACCUGGGAGGAGAGGGAGAAGCUUGUGAUGGAGGGACUAGAAGUAGGCUGGAGACCGCCAGAAGAGCGGUGCUCGAGAUAG